UCUAUUAUUAUGUGCAUUUUAAUUCUUAGUAUUAAUUUUUAGCAUUUAAUUACAGCCUCAUAAGUACAAAUAAAAACAGGACUUGCUAUUGUUGCCACCUAUUUUCUUUAAAGAUGACAAGCAGCAUCUUAUUUGUGUUAACACAAGUCAUCCACAUAACAAAGAUAGAUAAGAAAAGUGGCCAGGUGUGGUGGCUCAUGCCUCUGCUGGGACAGGGAACAGAGGGAUGCGGAGACCCUGAAGAUGCUUUUGGACAAUGGUCUGCGGUUAGGACAGUGGCAGGAGAUACUAUUCACUCAGGGUCUCCAGGACAAGAGAUCAGCCUGGCAGUUACAUGUGUUUCUUUUCAAACUCGUUGCCAGGUUGGACUGGCCGAUGACAUCAGAGAUUCCGACCUUCCUGAUUGGAAGGACCGGACUCUGUGGGCACCUGGAAGUUCAGUUGGAUAACAGCAUCUUCUCAGAGCUGAUCUCCACUCCUGACUUCUCCCAGCCUCGAGAAUUGAUAACACACUCUUCGGGAUCCUACCAGUGCCCACGAGAAGGCCACGGACAGAACAGAGACUAGUUUCCGUGAGAGGGGAUAGAUUAUGGGAAACAUCAUGACCUGCUGUCUACCGCACCCCCAGGAUGAGCAGAUCCCCCAGCGGAGCACCUCGGGGUACCCCCUCCAGGAGGUGGUGGAUGAUAAAGUGUCGGGACCAUCAGCCCCUGGGGGAGAUCACAGCCCCCCACGUAGGUCCUUUUGCCUGAAAAGGAAGAAGGAGUGCUCGGACGAAUCUGAGGAGUUGUCAGAGGAGUCACAGAAGGAACUCAAGCGACAGCGAGUGUUGCUCAUUCUCCCUGAGCACCACGAGGCCUUCAACAGGCUGCUCGAGGAUCCUGUCAUUAAAAGAUUCCUGGCUUGGGACAAAGAUCUGAGGGUGUCGGACAAGGUCGUUUGGGAUCUGAGCCCUCGGCCACAGUCUGGCCGCAGCCCUGAAGCUCCUGGCCCCUCUACUCUCAGCUCUUUGGGACAGUUCUCUGCCUGGCACACAAAAGACCCUCCUGACACCAGCCGACCUAGACACACCCCCUCCAGAGAUCCCAUCGGAGCCCACCAUCCUGGAAGCAUCACCGAAAACCCUUCCCUCUGGCUUCUCGGAUUUGCAUCCGACCUUCGAAUACCCCUCCACCCCGCAAUUUCCACAUGAGCACAGUCACCCCAACGCUGAGGUCCCUUCUCUGAUGGGCAACCCCUCCCCAGUCCCCCAUUCCACUAUCUCCACAAUCUUCCUCUCCCAAGAUGUGACCUCUCCUUCUCUGUGUUCUUUUCUCUCCAUCAGUACCUCUUGGCUAUGGUCAUAGCGUAUUUUAGGCGGGCCGGCCUCCUCUCCUGGCAAUACCAACGCAUUCAUUUCUUCCUGGCUCUGUGAGUGGUUUGCUACCUCCUAUCGGUCAAUAUCUAAUGCCCUGGGACAGCCGGGGAAGUGGGAUUCCAGCCUUUCAUUUAUUCUUUCACCUAUUUGUCCUCUUUACUCUGUGUACAAAAAAGACAGGAUUAUAGCAUCUUAGACUGUUGUUUCUAAAAAGAAACUCAGGCUGCGCGUAGUGGCUUACGCCAGUAAUCCCAGCACUUUGGGAGGCUGAGGCAAGCGGAUAACCUGAGGUCGGGAGUUCGAGACCAAGCUGGUCAACGUGGGAAAACGCCGUCUCUAUUAAAAAUAGAAAAAUUAGCCGGGCGUGGUGGUGUGCACCUGUAAUCCCAGCUACUCGGGAGGCUGAGGCAACAGAACCCCUUGAACCCAGGAGGUGGAGGUUGCAGUAAGCUAAGGUUAAGCCACUGUACUCCAGCCUGGGUGACAGAGCGAGACUUUUCUGAAAGAAAAAAAAAAGCCAAAAAUCCCGAAAAUCCAAUGCCAGUGUACAAAUA